AAUUUGCAUUGUCAGAGCUUACAAUUCCUUUCCCGAUGAUUUCCCCUUCAUAUCUUUGACUUAACGUGUUGAAGUCUCUGAUCAUGCUUCAUGGUGCUAUCUGCUCCUCCGUUGAGAAGUACGCAUUUCUCAUUUCUGAAUGCAUCACAACCAGAAAUUUGAAACUUGGCGAGGCCUUGCACUCUCAUCUUAUCAAAUCCGCAUUUUUCUUCGAUUCUUUCCUUACCAACCGUCUCAUAGACAUGUACAUUAAGUGCAGCUGUGUGGAGAGUGCCCAAAGGGCCUUUGAGGAUCUUUCCCAUAAGACAACACGUACGUGGAAUAUGAUGAUCUCUUUCUACUCUAAAAUGGGUUUGUUUGACAGGGCUCACUCACUGUUUGAUAAAAUGCCUGAACCAAAUCUUAUCAGUUAUAAUUCAUUGAUCACUGGUCUGACACAUAAUGCGUUUCACAAAGAAUCAGUGAAGCUUUUCUGGAGGAUGCAGAAGGAUUAUGAUUGUUUACUAUUAGAUGAGUUUACGCUCGUUAGUAUAGUUGGCAGUUGUGCCUCUUUAGCUUCCCUUUAUUGGUUGCGUCAAGUCCAUGGGAUCGCAGUUAUAAUUGGUUUCGAGGGGAACGUAGUCCUUAACAAUGCUUUAAUUGAUGCUUAUGGAAAAUGUGACUUACCCAACAUCUCUAGUUCUAUAUUUUAUGGAAUGCCAGAGAGAGAUGUUGUGUCUUGGACUUCGAUGAUUGCGGCUUACACAAGGGCUACUAGAUUGGAAGAGGCGUGUAGGAUAUUUAACGAAAUGCCAAUGAAAAAUAAUGUGUCUUGGACUGCUUUGAUAACGGGUUUCUCACGAAAUGGGCGUUUUGAGGAAGCUCUGGAUCUUUUUGGGCAAAUGCUGGAGGAAGGAGUAUGGCCUAGUGCUCCAACUAAUGUCACUGCCUUAAGUGCUUGUGCAGAUAUGGCACUUAUUGAAAGAGGUAAACAAAUCCAUGGUCACAUUAUCAAAAACAGCAAUAAUGGCUACUUAUCUGAUCUGUAUAUAUCUAAUGCUUUAAUUGAUAUGUACAGCAAGUGCGGGGAUAUGAAAUCGGCUGAAAAUUUGUUCAACACGGCUCCUUUGAGGGAUAUAAUCUCUUGGAACACAUUAAUAACCGGGUUUGCACAGAAUGGCCACGGUGAGGAAUCACUGGCUCUCUUCAAAAGGAUGAUAGAAGCCAAUGUAAAGCCAAAUCAUGUGACAUUUCUUGGCUUGCUAUCUGCUUGUGACCAUGCAGGUUUAGAUAAUGAAGGACUAGAGUUGAAAGACAUGAUGGAAAAGCAGUAUGGCUUGAAGCCUAGACUUGAUCAAUAUGCUAUAUUGAUUGAUUUGCUUGGGAGGAAAAACAGAUUCGAGGAAGCUCUGGAUUUAAUCGAGAGAACACCAGAUGCUACGGAUCACAUUGCCAUUUGGGGAGCACUACUGGCUGCUUGUCGUGUCCAUGGGAAUUUGGACCUUGCAAGUAGGUCUGCAGAAGCUCUGUUCAAGCAUGAACCUGAAAACACAGCUAGAUAUGUUAUGCUGUCAAACAUAUAUGCAGCAUUAGGAAGAUGGAAUGAUGCCAAUAGAAUCAAAAGAAUCAUGAAGGAGAAAGGCUUAAAGAAAGAGGCAGGUUGCAGUUGGAUUGAGUUAAGAAAUACAAGACAUGAGUUUAGAGCCAAGGACAAGUGUCAUGGCCAAAUUGUAGAGAUAUGUGGAAUAAUCAGUAACUUGGUCCAUAAUAUGAAAGAUGUUGGAUACCAAUAUCAUAACAGUUGCCAUUCUCUUCCUGGUGAAUAAGACAAUUUAUACUUUUACUAGAUCACACUUCUCAGUUUGAUUUUUAGUAAAUAGGAAUGCUGGCUUGAUGUGAAUAAUAUGGUGGCUAAGACAUAACAGCUCUUUUGAGGAUCCAUGCGCAGGCCGCGUCUCUUUGUGGAGGUCCUUUUAAUGUUGUUUAGCACUAAUGUUGUACCUUAUACUCUGAGAAUGUACACUUGGCAAUG